AUGGCCGGAACAGCCAGUAAAAAGCACGCUCACCUGCCCAGGUUGAGCAGCCUGUCUUCGUUGGGCGACUCAGCCCCAGAACGGCGCUCUCCGGGCCACCGCCGCCAGCCGUCGGACUGCAGCGAAACCACAGGUUUGGUUCAGCGAUGCGUCAUCAUCCAGAAAGACCAGCAUGGCUUCGGCUUCACUGUGAGCGGGGACAGGAUCGUGCUGGUGCAGUCUGUCCGGCCAGGGGGAGCCGCGAUGAAGGCCGGGGUGCAGGAAGGGGACCGGAUCGUGAAAGUCAACGGGACGAUGGUGGCCAACAGCUCUCAUCUCGAGGUUGUGAAACUCAUCAAAUCGGGUGCUUACGUGGCUCUCACUCUCUUGGGCUCCCCGCCUCCCUCCGCGGGCCUCCUGAGUUCCCAGCAGGAUGGAGACCAGACUGGGGCGCUGCAGGUCGUACCGUCGUGUCCCCCACCGCCGCCUCCGCCGCCACUCCCUCCCCCUCAGCGCAUCACUGGCCCGAAGCCCUUGCAGGAUCCGGAAGUCCAGAAACACGCCACCCAGAUCCUUCGCAACAUGCUGAGGCAGGAAGAGGCGGAGCUACAGCACUUUUACGAGGUCUACAGCCGGAACCCAGCCUCCCCUAUUGAGGAGCAGAUAGAAGGGGCUCGACGGAGGGUCAGCCAGUUGCAGCUGAAGAUCAGGCAGGAGACGGGGGUCUCAGUGCCUGGCGAUUCUGGCUCUGUCGGUUCCCGCGCAGCUGAUGGGUGCCCGUCCGUGGACUCCCAGGAUGGUGACAGCGGCUUGGACUCGGGUCCCGAGCGCUUCCCUUCCGUGAGCGAGGUGAGGGCUGCCGGGGAAAACGACCCUGGUGUGGACAGCCCCCCCCACCCCUCCCCGGCCCUCCCUGCCAAGGCCUUCCAGCACCCCUGGGGCCCCAGCGCCGACUGCCCUUUCUCCCCUGCGACGGAGCCGGGCACGGACGGAGGUGCUCUCAGGCCGCUCAUCAUCGGUCCGGAGGAGGAUUGUGAUCCGGGACACUUUAAUAACAACGAGUGCGACGCCCUCUUCCAGGACCUGGGGAGGCUGAAGUCCCGGCCGGCCCACCUCGGGGUUUUCCUGCGCUACAUCUUUUCUCAGGCGGAUCCGAGUCCUCUGCUCCUGUACUUGUGCGCCGAUGUCUGCCAGCAGAUGAACCCCAAGGAGGCGCGCGGGCUCAGCAAGGACGUCUGGAAUAUCUUCUUGGACAAGAGUGCGCUUCUGAGAGUGAAAGUCCCUGAGCAGUUGCUGGCUGAAAUAGAGUCUCGCCUGCGGAAUGGGGAGGACCCUCGGAGCGCCUUCUCGGAGGUCCAGGAGGCGGUCAUGCCGGAGAUCCAGGAACAAAUCCAGGAUUAUAGGACCAAGCGGACCAUGGGUCUGGGGAGCUUGUACGGGGAGAACGACCUGAUGGACCUGGACGGCGACCCCCAUAAGGAGCGGCAGGUGGCCGAGAAGCAGAUCGCUCGCCUCGGGGAAAUCCUAUCCAAAUAUGAGGAGGACAGGAGCUCCCCGAUGAGUUUUGCCCUGAGCACCUACAUGAGCCACGUGGGAAUCCGCACGAGGGAGCCGCGCCCGGCCAGCACCACGGAGAAGUUGCAGGCCCAGGAGAGGGAGAAGUGGCUGCCCUUCUUCCCCAAGGCCAAGAAGAGCAGCAGCACCAAGAAGGAGAAGGAGGCCCCGGAGGACAAGAGGAGGAACCCCAUCCUGAAGUACAUCGGGAAACCCAAGAGCUCCUCCCAGAGCACAUUUCAUGUCCCUUUGUCCCCCGUUGAAGUUAAGCCUGGCAACGUGAGGAACAUCAUCCAGCACUUUGAGAACAGCCAGUAUUACGACCCCCAGGAGCCUGGCCUCCAGCGCCUCUCCACCGGCAGCUUCCCCGAAGACCUCCUGGAGAUGGGCAGCUCCAGGGCAGAGGUCAAGCUCGGCCGGUCGGAGAGCCUGAAGGGGCGAGAGGAGCUGAAGCGGCUGCGGAAGGCGGAGAACGUGCCUCGCUCCCGGAGCGACGUGGACAUGGAGGCCGCGGCCGAAGCCACCCGGCUCCACCAGUCGGCCUCCUCCUCGGCCUCCAGCCUCUCGGCCAGGUCGCUGGAAAACCCCACCCCACCCUACACUCCCAAGAUGGGGCGCAGGAGCAUUGAGUCCCCGAGCCUGGGCUUCAGCACCGACACCCCCCUACCCCAUGUCCUGGAGGACGACUUCAGCCACUUCUCGGACCUGGAGCCGGAGCCGGACGCCCAGAACUGGCAGCACACCGUCGGGCGGGACGUGGUGCCCUUUCUGCCGCAGAGGGAGGUCGACCGCCAGGAGGUCAUCAACGAGCUGUUUGUGACGGAGGCCUCUCACCUGCGGAUCUUGCGGGUCCUGGACCUCGUCUUCUACCAGCGCAUGAGGAAGGAGAACCUGCUGUCCCGCGACGAGCUGGCGCUGCUCUUCCCCAACCUCCCGGAGCUGAUAGAGAUCCACAAUUCUCUGUCUGAGUCGAUGAAGAAGCUCCGGGAGGAAGGACCGGUGGUCAAGGAGAUCGGGGACCUCAUGCUGUCCUGGUUUGAUGGGCCAGCACGGGAGGAGAUCCAGCAGGUGGCCGCGGACUUCUGCGCGUACCAGUCGGCAGCCAUUGAGCUGAUCAAGACCAAGAAGCGGAAGGAGACCCGCUUCCAGCUAUUCAUGCAGGAAGCCGAGAGCAACCCGCAGUGCCGCCGCCUACAGCUGAAAGACCUGCUCAUCUCGGAGAUGCAGCGCCUGACCAAGUACCCUCUCCUGCUGGAGAACAUCAUCAAGCACACCCCUGGGGAGACUGUGGAACACCAGAAGCUGUGCCGGGCCCGCGACCAGUGCCGGGAGACCCUGAGGCACGUGAACGAGGCGGUGAGGCGGGCCGAGAAUCAGCACCGCCUGGAGGCCUACCAGAAGCGCCUGGAUGCCACCUCGUUGGAGCGCAGCAGCAACCCCUUGGCCGCCGAGUUCAAGAACCUGGACCUCCGAAGUCGGUGCAUGAUCCACGAGGGGCCGCUGAACUGGCGCAUCAGCAAAGACAAGACUGUGGAGCUGCACGUCUUGCUGCUCGAGGACCUUCUGGUGCUCCUUCAGAGGCAGGACGAGAGGCUGGUGCUGAAGUGCCACAGCAAGACGGACACCAAGCAGACCUUCAGCCCGGUCCUCAAGCUCAACUCUGUCCUCAUUCGCUCAGUGGCCACAGAUAAGAGAGCCCUCUUCAUCAUCUGCACCUCGGAGUUAGGGCCCCAGAUCUACGAGCUGGUAGCUCUGACCUCGUCGGAGAAGAACACGUGGAUGGAGCUGCUGGACGAGGCGGUGAAGAGCACCCUGCGGAACGCCACUUUCCCUCCCAAGCACUGCUCCCAGGAGCUGCCUCGGCCCCACCCAGCACCGGCCAGUGUGGUGCUCCAGGAGGCAGACAUCCCCCCAAGCCUGACCCACGGAGAUGGGGCUUCCAGCCAAGAAGCCGAAGAAGAGGCCGCUUCAGAUGAGACCCCCACGGAGGCCACGGACAUAGAGGCCCACCCGGUGCUGCUGGGAGGACCCGAGGCUGAAGACAGCCAGGAGGAGGAGGCAGAGGAGGAGGAGGAGGAGGAGGAGGAGGAAGAGUUGCAGCCGGUCGCAGUGGGAGGCGAGGGGGUUCCUUCCGAGGAGGAGGAGGAGGAGCCAGGGCUGGGCAGGCCUCCGGAGCCCCUGCCAGCCCCUGCCUCGGUGGCGAGCUUGGCCGAGUCGGCCUUGGAGGACGUGGAAACCCUGCGCCACCUCCUCCUGCGGAAGCUCCUGGCCAGCCGAGACCCCGACGAGGACUUGACCCCGACCCCAUCCGUGGCCCAGCAGGAGGACUCAGGAAGUCAGGGGCAGGCCGUGGAGAGCCGUGACCCCUGUCUGCCACGUGGCUGUCUGCCGGUGGACUCUGAGCUGGGCGGCACCGGUCCCGACGCGCCAGGGGAGCAGGGCACGGAGCCCGCGGAGGAGGCAGAGGCCGGCACGACAGACUCGCCCGUCGGUCAGGCUGGCUCCCCGGAGGCAGAGGUGCCCGUGGCUACGGAAGGACAGGGCAGCUUCCGAGUCGUGCGGAAAGCCACGGUGGAGGGAGCUUGCGAUGCCUGCCCCACGCCCGCAGGCAGCCAGUCAGACAGUGACGCAGGAGAGGGCCCUCACGCGGAUGGGAACUAUUUCUACGUCAGCUUCCCAGGCGUUGCCGAGUCCCACACAGAUGCUGGCAGCCCGUGCCCCCCGGAGGCCCCAGGCCCUCCAGGCCAGCAAAGGGCCGUCUCUUCUGCCGCACCCCACGUCUCCCAGCGACACCCCGGGAGGAGCCCCCAGCGGUCGAAUGCCCCUGACGGCUCCGUGCCUCCGGAGCUGCCCCCCUCCUCCGGCCAAGUGGCUCGGGACGUGGCCGUGAUCUUCCGGACGAUAGAACGGCUGACGCGGAAGCUGACCAAGCUAAAGGAUGUCGAGGUGGCCCAUCACCAGCUGCGACGGUCGCUGAGCAGGGAGGCCUCCGUGGACGGCCCCUCUGUGGCUGGGGCACCCCCGGGGCCCUGCGAGACGUCGCCAGGCAGCCAUUGCAACCCGGACGGCUCCCGUGACCCGUGGCCCUCCCUGCAGUCCCCAGCAGCAGCCGCUGAGCCUGGUCAGCUCCCCCCCUGUGCAGACAGCGACCAAGAAGUGACCCUUUAGGGAACCGGCCUUUUCUCGAAGGAAGACUCAACGAGGCGGCUCGGGCUGUCUCCGCCACACACACACACUGCUGGGGCGGGGGUGUGCGCGUGUGUGUCUCCCGCCGUUUGUUGGGAUGGACUGCUUGGGACGCAGCCUGCAAGCGGCACGAACCCACCAGGAGAAACUGGAAUCCUCACUGCUGGUUUAAUUUAAACUAUUUUUAAAGCGAUACUGGGACUUCCUCCCAUUCUGCGAUGGACAGCUGGUAAGACCUGCCAGGGGGAAACUUUUUUUUUUUUGCCCGUUCAGGGCGAAGGGAGAUGGUCCCUGCUGCCCUUGCCGCGCAUGUCUGCUCCGGGUCUUCGGCUCGGCUCCCCGACGGCAUCCCUCCUCUCGGGCCGGAACCUCUCCGUAUCCUGCAGACUUGCCGCUCCCCCCACCCCCCACCCCGUACAUGAAAGCUGGAAUAUAUUCUGUAUAAUUGCACUUUUUCGGGGUGGUUUUUGUUUCUUCUCUCCAUGCCUCUUGGAGAGCAGCCAGCUGCUUCCAGACCUUCAAUUUGAUAUAAAUAUGUAUGUAUGUGUAUUGAGUUACUGUAAAUAUAAGGAUAGACCGUU